ACUGGUAUGCCGAUCCGCCGGGGGGCCGGGCAAACCGCUCAAACCCCCUCGGUCACCGGAUCGGCGGCAGCUGCUCGGCCCCCCGGUGCUAUUUUCACCCUCAGGAUAAAGUGAUGUGCAGCCGCAGCCCGCCCGCACGGCCCCAGCAGCUCCAGUCCGACCACAGCAGAGCCAGGAUGAAGUCCAGCGGCGGCGCGCAGCCCGACGGCUUCACCUCCGACCUGGACGACCUGGACAGCGGCAGCGACAGCUCCGGAGGGAAGUCCACCGGAGACUGCAGCCCGCGCAGAGAGCCGGGGGAGGCGGUAGGGGAGGGCGCUGGAGGGGGUUCCCGCUCCGGUGCGCAAAGACGCAGGAGACGGCGGAGGCGCAGCAGCAGCGGCGGAGGUGGAGGAGGCGCGUGUCUCCCCGGUGUGAGUAAACAGAGGCAGGCGGCCAACGCGCGGGAGCGGGACAGGACGCACAGCGUGAACACGGCCUUCACGGCGCUCCGCACGCUCAUCCCCACCGAGCCCGCCGACCGGAAGCUCUCCAAGAUCGAGACGCUGCGCCUGGCCUCCAGCUACAUCUCGCACCUGGCCAACGUGCUGCUGCUCGGGGACAACUGCCGGGACGGACAGCCGUGCCUCGGAUACCAGAGCAUCCUGCACGGCAGCGCGGCCCUCAGCGCGCCCUCCCUGCGGCCCAUCUGCACCUUCUGCCUCAGCAACCAGAGGAAACUGCUGAGAGACGGAGGAAAGCACUCAGCUGCCGUGUGAAGCAGAGCGGCUCCGGACAGACGGCGAGUCCACCGUGACGUUGUUUACAUGUAGACAUACACCUGUUGUAUAUAAUAUAUAAAUAUAUUUAUUUUUGGAUUAGACUAGAAAAAAAGGACAAAUUAACACUGAAAAGCACUUUCUGUUCACGUUGGUGCUUCUGGACGUCUGUGUUUUGGUUGAGCUGUAACCUGAGCCGAUGUGUAAAGCUGCACCUGACGGGGGGCUAUUUUGGUCCCACGAAUAGUACAAACUACUCCCCAACCCCCAACGCAACCCCGACUCCUAAAAAAAAGCCUUGUCGCCUUCAGUCACAUGAGGGAAACUGAAGAGCAGCGGUUGCUGUCAGUUGAGUGGCGCUAACGCUGCCUUCAAGUGCCGUCAGAAAUGUAGCAAUCACUCAGCGGCACUUUGAAGGAUCGGUUUUCGACUCUAGCGGUGAACGGUAGGAACUGCAUCAACACCGACCGAACCGAGCUCCGCUACAACUCGCAUCGUUUGCUCUCCGCGUGCUAAAACAUCGCACAUCUACGAAGUCCUGAAAGGUCAAAGUUUCUAUCUUGCACGCACAGAUUAUGAGUUAUGAGGUCAAUUUUUUAUGUUUUGGGAGAAAGUUCAUUAUCUUGUGCAAUAUUUUAAAAAAAUGCAACUUUUCUUGUGCACAGUUAGUUUAAAAAUAGACAAUAACUUGUGCAUGCAACAAAAAUUGGACAAGACAAUGUGUGCACGAUAACACGUUCCUGCAAAAUAACACUGAAGAUGAAUAACUUGUUCCCAGAAAACAACUUGUGCACACUAGAAAAUAAGCUUAUAAGAUAAUUUACUCAUAAAGUGAAUGUUUCUAUUCUUGUGUGAACAAGUUUAUUAUUUUGUGUGCACUAAUGUGCAAACAUACACAAAAGUUAUUGUCUUGUUCCCACAAGACAAUAACU